AUGGUGAAACGUAAACGGGAAGCACGUGCUGCUGAGGAAAACAAGAAUGAAAUAAUUAUACCCGCUGUCGUAUCAUCGGAUGAACCACCAGCCAAGCAGACCAAAUGGGUGAACAAACAGCGUGUGUUGGUGUUCAGCUCCAGAGGGGUGUCCUACAGACUGAGACAUCUGAUGAAUGAUGUGCGCACCAUGAUGCCACAUUCCAAGUCAGACACAAAGAUGAACAGGAAAGACCAGCUGUUUGUUGUUAAUGAGCUUUGUGAGAUGAAGAAUUGUAACAAAUGCAUAUAUUUUGAAAUGAAGAAGAAGCAAGAUAUGUAUGUGUGGUUUUCAAAUGUGCCGAGGGGACCAUCUGCAAAAUUUUUGCUGGAAAAUGUGCACACUAUGAUGGAGCUGAAGAUGACGGGCAAUUGUCUGAAAGGAUCACGGCCAUUGUUGUCCUUUGAUAAGAAAUUUGAUUCCUCUGCCCACUGGAGCUUACUGAAGGAACUGUUUGUGCAGAUUUUCAGUACCCCUAACCAUCACCCAAAGAGCCAGCCAUUCAUUGACCGAGUCUUGUCUUUCUCCAUCAUGGAUAACAGAAUCUGGGUGAGGAAUUAUCAAAUACUGGCUGAAGAUGGCUCUCUGGCAGAAAUAGGUCCCAGGUUUGUGAUGAAUCUAGUGAGGAUAUUUGACGGCAGCUUUGGAGGAGCAACACUCUAUCAGAACCCACAUUAUGUCUCCCCAAAUCAGCAAAGGCAAAUUUUACGAAAACAAGUGGCUAAGAAGUACAUCAACAGAGUGGAAAGUAAAAAAUCUUUGCUAUCCAGACGCAAGGAUUUUGAUCAGACUUAUAAACUGGACCCUACAGACGACGUGUUCUUGACAAUCAAACCUGAGGAUGCCACAGGCCCUGCCAAAAACACAUUCUACAGAAACUCCUGAUAAAACCUGUAACCUUUGGAAAUGUGACCUUAAGUUACCAGGGUGUACAUGUACAAAUACGUAGGGUCAAAGGUCAGCUGGCUGUUCCUGUGCGAGUCAAAGGUCAGUUGAAUGUACAGAUGUGGGUUAGCAGAGUUCAACUAUGCUGGUGUCAAAGGUCAUUUGGAUGAAGAGGAUGGGAGUUGGUCUGGAUGUGCGCGAUGUCGAGUCACCGAGAUGCUCUUUUUUGCGUGGGUUAAAAGUCAUAUGAAUGUGAAUAAGCUGGC